AGCAACGUUUCUUUAUUUCCUUUGUGUUUUUUUUUCUUCAUAAUCUCUCUCUUUUUAUUUAUUCAUAAUUUUUACUCUCUCCAUUUCUUCAUUACUCUUCUUUUUAUUUUCCGGAGAUUUUUCUCUUUGCCUUUGUUAUUUGCUGCUUUUGCUGCAGCUACAGUGUAAGUUUGAUUUUCUGGGUUCCUUCAAACUCCAAAAUCUCGCGUCGCUUUUUGCUUCAGAAUCGAUUUGUUCUUGUUACUUCGAUCUGUUGUUCUUUUUAACUCUGUGCAUGAUUCAAUUUCGUGUUCGUAACCUGUUUUUUGCUGCUUGUUUAGUUCGACAAUUAGGUAAAAAAAUGACGAUCCCUAAAACUUAUGAUCCUUUUAAUCUUCGUUUAGCUACUUCGUUCGAGAUCAUCUAGGGCUUUUGUUGCUUCAUCGAUUUUGGGUUUUGAUUUACUGUAAAUGUUUUGGUUUUGUUUAUGUAAUCUAAGCAUGUACCAAUGAUUCAUGAGUGAUCAUGUUUGUUAUAGGAGCAGAACUGAUGUGAAGUGUGUAUUUUGAAUGUGUUUUUGGUUUUGUACAGAGAAUCUUGUGUUUUUGUGGUGGGGAGGUGAGAUUUCUUAUGACGGGGAAGCGAUCAAAGACUAAUUGCAGAUCUGCUUCUCACAAGCUCUUCAAGGAUAAGGCUAAGAACCGUGUUGAUGAUUUGCAAGGCAUGCUUUUGGAUCUUCAGUUUGCGAGGAAAGAGAGUAGGCCUACUGAUGUUACUCUUCUUGAGGAGCAAGUGAAUCAGAUGCUUCGUGAGUGGAAAUCUGAGCUCAAUGAGCCUUCUCCAGCUUCAUCCUUGCAACAAGGUGGUACUCUGGGGUCUUUCUCAUCAGAUAUUUGUCGGCUGCUGCAGCUCUGUGAUGAGGAAGAUGAUGCUACCAGCAAAUUAGCUGCCCCCAAGCCCGAGCCUGCUGAUCAGAAUCUCGAAGCUGGCAAAGCUGCUGUCUUCCAAAGGGGAUACAAUUUGGUUCAGGGGAAGUCAGAACAUGGAUUACCAUUGGUUGAUAAUUGCAAAGAUUUGUCCUUAGCAGCUGGUAACAAUUUCGAUGGAACGGCUCCUUUGGAGUAUCAUCAGCAGUAUGAUCUGCAACAAGAGUUUGAACCAAACUUCAAUGGUGGUUUCAACAAUUGUCCCAGUUAUGGUGUAGUAGAGGGUCCUAUACAUAUCUCUAAUUUUAUCCCGACUAUUUGUCCUCCACCCUCUGCAUUCUUGGGUCCAAAAUGUGCUCUUUGGGAUUGCCCUAGGCCAGCUCAGGGAUUUGAUUGGUUCCAGGAUUACUGCAGCAGCUUCCACGCUGCACUGGCUUUCAAUGAAGGGCCACCAGGUAUGAAUCCGGUGGUGCGUCCUGGAGGUAUCGGCCUAAAAGACGGUCUGCUUUUUGCUGCUCUUAGUGCAAAGGCUGGAGGGAAAGAUGUUGGUAUUCCCGAAUGUGAAGGAGCUGCAACUGCUAAAUCUCCAUGGAAUGCUCCAGAGCUCUUUGAUCUCACGGUUCUGGAGAGUGAGACACUAAGGGAGUGGCUAUUCUUUGACAAGCCAAGGAGGGCCUUUGAGAGCGGGAACAGAAAGCAAAGAUCUUUACCAGACUACAAUGGUCGUGGUUGGCACGAGUCACGUAAACAGAUCAUGGUCGAGUUUGGAGGGCUGAAGAGAUCUUACUACAUGGAUCCACAGCCUCUGCACCAUUUCGAAUGGCAUCUUUACGAAUAUGAGAUCAACAAGUGUGAUGCUUGUGCCUUGUACAGGCUCGAGCUCAAGCUUGUUGACGGGAAGAAGACUUCAAAAGGCAAAGUCUCAAACGACUCAGUGGCUGAUCUGCAGAAGCAGAUGGGAAGACUCACAGCUGAGUUCCCUCCAGAAAACAAUACCACUAACACCACCAACAACAACAAACGCUGCAUCAAAGGAAGACCAAAAGUGAGCACAAAAGUCGCCACCGGGAAUGUUCAGAACACAGUAGAGCAGGCAAAUGACUAUGGAGUAGGUGAAGAGUUUAACUAUCUGGUCGGAAAUCUAAGCGACUAUUAUAUCCCCUGAGACGAAUGUGGAAAAACUCAGGUUUAAAAAGCUGUUUGCUUACCAUUUAAUUAGGCAGCAGCAGAAGAAGCUUCUACAUAUCGUAGGGCAAAGUAAUGGAUUUUCAUGACUCGUAUCUUUUUUUUCUCUUAUAUAAUAGUUCUCUGUCUAUCUAUGGAGAUUAUGUAUAUAUAACAAGAAGUGGAUGCUGAAGACUGUCCUGGAGUUAGGAAUAGUAAAUGUGACGAAGGAGACUGCUUUUUAAGAUUCAGUCUAUGGAGGUGAAGACAUAUUUACUGACAUUCCGGUUUAUAUAUUUUGAUGCAUUUUCGACUCUCUUCUGCGAUAUAAUGCAGAUGACAAAUUAUGUAACCGAUGGGGAAAUACGGUUUUGAGUAUCAGUGUUGUUCUUAUAGAAUCAGGACCUUGUUCAAUGAGAUCAUUGCUCUUACUUAGUCUAUGUUUCAGAUUUGGGGUUUUGUUAAUAAAAAUUCUCUGCAGAGCUUCAAAAUCUUAA